UUUGCUAUAGAACUAUUUUUGAAAUAUGUAAAAAAUUAAUUUGGGGUUAUAUUUCUGAAAGACCCUGUCACUUGUGUCCUUUUGACGCAGGUAAUCGUUUUGAAACGAUAUGAGCAAGUAUUUCAAGACUAAUUCCGAUAAAACCAAGGACCAAAGUUCCGUUGAUCCUUUUGGAACACAUAUCCUAUUGUGCCAUAGCAAAAAUGACCAAAAAGCACUUGAAAACUACGCUACUUGGCUUAGGGAAAGACAUGCAGUUCACAAUAAAAUCGCUAAAAAAUCGCAUAGGCAAUCUGGAGAACUGCUGAUGAAUAUUGCAGAUGAAUCUAACGUGGUUAUUGAGGAGAAGAGAGCUUUAGAGUACACUAGAAUCCCCCAGAAGUUCGAUAAGUACCGGGGAAAUCCAGAAUGGUGGGAAUUUCCACCUGGUUUGCACGAAAAAUGCAGGUUUAGGAGGGAUGAAAUUAUAUAUUUCUACCAGAAAACGACAGAGCAGAAAAACAUAAUUCCGACAAUAGAGAAGGUGGGAUUACCAGGAUUCAUAAAAAAUGAGAAGAUGCUAUUCCCAAGAACCAGGAAUGUUUAUGAUAAAUGGCAGAAUCUGAAUUAUCGAAAGAACAGAGUAGAAGAAUUAUCAUCGCUUCUGGUAAACAUCGAACCUCAUAAGCCAGAUUUUGACCGAUUGAUCGUGCUUGGCAAAAAUAUCCAAUGCCAAGAAGAAAAUAGCCAAACCUUUUGCAAUGUAAGCCAAGGCGUCGUCGAAAACAAAGACGGUAGAAGAAAAACCAGCAUUUAUGAUUGCUCUUUGAAAUACUGCUUGAAGAUCAACGGUGUGUUUUUCUAUGAGAAUUCACAGUCGUUGUCCACAUCCAGAAAGUUCCACGUCCUCUUUGAGUACGAUGUCCAGAGUCUUCCGUUUCAAACGCAAUAUAUCGUGUUCGAGAAUGUUGGUAGGGUCACCAUUAGAUUGACUUGGCAGAAGAUGGAGAAAUUCAGGUUGUUCCGAGAUAUCCCAAGUACUAACAACACUGAACACUUCUGUUUCGAUAAGAACAUGCUUAUACUUGUACCAGGGCAAAUAGUGAAUUUCCCGAUUUGGUUUCAAACCAAUAAAGUGUGCACGGUGGUUGAAACCUGGGAAAUCAAAACUGUUCCACAAUUCUGGUCGGAACCAAUUAGGGUAUUCUUCGUUCUUCAAGCCCAAACCCACAUAGAGAAUUUCAUGAAUAGAAUCAGUGUCAUAAAGACGGACAUAAAUCAAAGGGUCAAGAGAAGGAUCAUUAAGGAAAUACUAGAAGACAUUAUGAAGAAGUCGAAUUAUCAAAACUAUAAGAGUAUCGAUUACUCUUAUUAUGAGCCAGAAUUGUUUGAAGCAAUGAAUUUGGAUGAUUCGAAUCCAUUACGUAAACCCAAGUACAUGUACGACAAAGAAUUGGUUGAGCAACUCAAGAAAUUUUACUCCGAAAUCCGACAAUCUUAUCAUCCAAAGACCUGGAAUUUGAAUGUUUGGGAUUUACAAGUACUGGCAAGAGUUAGAGAUUUGAUAGAAUAUGCUGAACUAAGAACUUUAGAGUUUAGUCAAUAUAGAGCUUCGUUGGGUUCCAGGAGUGAAAUGAUGGAUGAUAAAAGACAAGGAAGCUUUUCUGAGGUAAAGUUGAAGCGGAAAUCUUCCGGUUCGGAAUUAGAUAAUCAAUCUGAUCAAUUUUUAUUGAGGGAAACCAGAUACUCUCAGUUGAUGAAAAUGCUAUGGAAGAUGGCACCUCCAUCUAUUUGUUUAAAUGAAGAAAGAAUUAAGUUUUUUCAAGUGUACUCCAUCUUCAAUGCAUACUUCACGCUUAUGGCUCUAGAACUUUACCAAAUCAAAGCUUUCUACGGGAUACCAGUACAAUACAAGCAGGAAUUAUACCAAAACUGUCCACGUCUUAUUUUCGAAAAUUUCGACGAUAUUCAGUUGAACCGCACCAAAAGGUCCUUUCAGGAGGAUACCACUGCGCAGCCUAAACCUGAAAUAUUACGCGACAUCUCAUCUGCAGACGUUGCAACGGUCCACAAUUUGUACUUCAUGAGUUCACCUUCCGAGUUCGCUUUUGGGAAGACUGGCGCUAAACCAGACAAGAAGGACGACAAGAAGAAAAGCAAACAAGAGGACAACAGAAUGUCUAGGGCUAAACAAAGCCAAAUUUCAUCAGGCAGCAGGAUAAAUAUAGGAGAUGCGGCCCUUGUGACUCUGGACUUUGAUCCCUACGAGGAAGUGCCUCCAUUUCCUAAAGAUAACACUCCAAGGAAACGAUCGUCUACAACGUCUGAGGAUACUUCAUCCAGACAGGUUGAAGAUGGGGAAAAUAAGAUAGACACCCUAAAUAUUUACGUCGUAAUCUACACACACUUGUCGUAUGCAGUGGACGCUAUGGUGGACACUUUGGAGAGUGCUAAAGAAUACAGAGAGCCCCAUCGUAACAUCGAGCAACUCAAGGAUUGCUUCAAACUGUUCAUCGAAGAAGAAUCAACGGAAACGGAAGAUGCUCCGGUGAAUCCUUUCAAGAUUCCCGAAGAGCGUAAUUAUUUUGAAAAGAUCUUGGAAGCGCAUCUCAAUGAAGUUACAGGGCAGUACCUGAUCUGCGGCAAGACCGAACCUGUGGCAAUACAGCGGCAACCAACCGUAUCUUGGGGUGGGGAGAAGGAGUUGGUUCACGAACCGUCUGUGUUUACCCUGUAUAAACCUGAACCUCAAGAGGUUUGCUUUGGGGAGCGUGGUGCGCAGACGCUACCAACCUCAGACGUUUACGAGACUGAAAUGGUUUCCUUCAGUAUCAAAGAUAUUUGCGAGUGUCCUUCUGAAUUCAGACGGUUUCCACAGUCUCCUUCUGAACACUUUUAUUACUCGGACGAUGAGGUCUUCGAGGACGUGGAUAUGCCUGAAGGGAGGAAGACACAAGGGAGUUCCUCGGAUGAAGCAGUUGUCCAUGAAGUUUCUAAAAAGAAACAAUCUAUGCCUAGGGCGUCAAUGUCUCUGAUGAAGGAAUGGAAUAAGAAGAAAUGUUCAAUGGAUGAUUUAGGUUCAUUGGAAGAUUCACCUAUUUGAAUUUGAUUCGACUUCAUCUUGUAAUGGAAUUACUGAUUGAUUCUAUCGACUUGGAAGACUUAAAAUCAAUUAUAUUUCUGAUGAUCAUUUUGAUU